CAGUCCUCUUUUUUUCCCAGCCGAUCAGAAGGUUGCCGAGCGCGCAGCAGACCGCCGUGCGUUUGUCCUCCUCUCAGCCACACGAACCGCCCCAAAAAGCACCGGUCCGGUCCGCAACUUUUCUCUGCGCCAUCUAGAAACUACUAACCCCCCUAACACCGCCCGCCUCCUGCACGUUCUGUAGCAAUGGAGCCGUAAAAGCCUCCACAGGGAGCUGACCGGAGUGAGUAAAGCAGCGGCGGAGACGCAGCAGACCAAGCGGCUAUGGAGGAGAAGCGCGGAGAGGCUGGAGUCUAGAAUAAACAUCCAUCCAUCCGGACUACUUGCUGCAAGCUUCCCCAACUUUUCUGACACUACUUUUUAAAAUCCAGGGUGUUUUAUUUUUAUAUUUCAACAUUCGAUCGUCUGAGCAUAAAAUUGCACAACAAGGAUGCAGGGAAGGAAGAAAGCGAGCGUCUGCGCUGGAUGCUGGAGGCAAAUGCUGCUGUUUUGCUCCAUGGCUCUGCACCUGAUCCCACUGUGUGUCCACGGGGCUGUUCUUGGGAUAAAUGCCACUGAGCCAGACAAUAAAGUCAAUAUCACUUCUCCACUCAUUGAGGAGGACGGCCCUGUAAAGGUCAAUGAUGUCAUCACAACAGUAACUGGGAUGAGCACCUCUGCCACUUCUGCUCCCGUCAGCUCUAUGACCCAGAGGGCGAGGCGUAUCCCUCGUGGAGACAAGGAAGAUGAUCAGAGCAGCGGCAUGUUUGCUGAUACGGUGGCUCCCACGAUGGAGAAAAUAAGCGUGGUCACAACACCCCAGAUCAUUCCUGAUUCGGCUGAGACAGACCUUCUGCUGCCUAGCAACCCACGCAUUGUAGAAGGAGAGGUGGAAGGGGAUGAAGAAAAGCGGCGCACACCAAAUAAUGACCCACCUUGGAUUACUGUCAAGGAAACUUCCAUGGUUGACCUGGACCACCGUACUACAGCCCCGCCAGCAGCUGCACCCAACCCCUCCAACCCUGAUGUCCUUCAUGUGGACUUCUUUGAUCCAGCCUCUCGUGGGCGUAACCUAGACCUAGCCCCGCCCUCUCCAUCAUCUCUGGCCCAUGAGCUUCAAGGUGGGGACGCAACAUCCUGGGCAAUGCCCGAAAACUAUGACUACCUUACACCGUAUGAAGAUGGGAUGACCCCCACUGUUGAAGAAUACAGCUACAGCACUACGACUGAUGCUUACGAGAGCGAUGAAGACCUUAGAGAGGCUGCGGGGUCUCCUGCUCGCUCCAGGCCCCGCGUUCCGGGGUCUGGAUCCUUUAACCCUGGGGGACCGUAUCCUGGUGUGGUACCUAACAUCUCACCUAAUGGUUGCCGGCUGGGCUACCAGAUGAUCAAUGGAAGCUGCCGCUCUGCCUGCGAGAUGCAGCCCAACUAUUGCCUCAACGGAGGACAGUGCUACCAGCUGGGUGGCGAGGAGAUAUUCUGCAGAUGCAAUGUCCAGGAUUACAUAUGGCACAAAGGUGUGCGCUGCGAAUCGGUGGUGACCGAGUUCCAGGUGAUGUGCCUCGCCGUGGGCGCCUCGGCCUUGGUGCUCUUGCUGCUCUUCAUGAUCAUCGUUUGCUUCGCCAAGAAGCUCCACGUGUUGAAGACGGAGAACAAGAAGUUGCGCAAGCGCAGCAGUAAGUACCGGCCUUCAUCGGAGCAGCACAAUGAUAAUUUCUCACUGUCCACCAUCGCUGAGGGCUCCCACCCAAAUGUAAGGAAACUGUGCGAAACCCCUCCUAACGUCCCUCAUGCCCGUGCAUUGGCUUACUAUGAUAACAUUAUCUGUCAGAAAACCAUGAGCAGAUACACCUGGGAGUGUAAGACCAAAGAGGAGUCCGACUGCGAGGAUGAUCCGCAUUCCCAAAACAAGCUGGAGGACCCGGUGAAGGCGCCGCCUAAGGAGGAUGAUUCCCUCAACAUCCACAACUCUCUGACCCCCAAACAUGAGAACCACAAGGUCCUUGGCGAGGAGAACUCCUCGGAGGUAAACUCACUGCAGAACAACAUGAUGUGAAUCAAAACAAAACCACGAAAAUCGCCCCCCACCCCCAAGCAACCUGACAACAAAACACAGAAAUCAACAUGUGCCGGCAAUGGGAAGAUGCAGACCUCAUCAGCUGCUCUGUUUUUGCCCGCUGCCGUGCAGCCUAACCAGUCAACCAACCAGCCUGCCAACACACCAGCCAACCGACUCAGUAUACAGCUGUCUCCAAUACGGCACCACUGCCACCAGCAGCCUCCAGUCGCUGCAAAUAAAAGAAAACAUACACUGGCUCUGCCUCCGUCACUGCCCCAGCUAAAAAAAAACUGCACCCUGUCCCAAUCUGCUUAACCCCAAAGCUCCCUUUUAACCCCCAUUCUACCCCUUACAUUCAGCCAUACCCCUGUUUCGCAGCCCCACCCCUCCUUGUUGCUUAAACUUUCCCAUCUCUGUAAUACCUGCACACACACGCACACACAGACAUUAGAAGCAUACACAUCUGUGAAAAGCUCCGACACGCUUUUAUGUGAACACCGUCACACACCUUCCCUUUCCCUGCCUGCAUUGGUGUAUUUUGUAAAAAGAAAGAAAUCAUACAGAAGUUUAAAACUUACAGAAAAAGUUGUUGUAAAAAAAAAUAAAUAAAGUUAAUGC